AUGUUUUGGGACUUCGUAGAUGUAGAAGCUAUUUUGCUUUCUAACAUCACGUCUGUCGUUGUUAUUUUUCCUGUUCUAAUUCUUUUUUUUUCUCCGAAACAUACAUUUUUUUUCUUUCUUUUUCCGACCUGUUUUCAUCCGUCUUUGUUUGGUUGCUUUUUUUCUUUCUUUCUUUCUUGGUCGUUUAUUUCUUCCUUGUCAGCUUGCUUUCUCCUUCAGUUGGCCUUUGUACCAAUUUAUUCCUUUAUUCUUUCUUUUUUCUUUCUUUCCUUUCUUUCUUUUUUUUCUAAUAAUCAUUGGACGCCUCGUUUUCCUCUUUUUUUAUUUUCUUUCUUUCUUUUUCUUAUUUUCAAUGAACACCUUCUUUUCUUUCUUUCUGUCUUCCUUUUUCCUAUUUCUGUUUUUAAUUCACCCGAGUUCUCUUUCUUUCUUUCUUUUCCAAAUUUUCAUUCUACCUCUAUUUUCUUCCUUUCUGUUCCAGAUUUUGAUUUAAAUGACUUUGACUUCUUUCUUUCUUUCUUUCUUUCUUUCUUUCUUUCUUUCAUAAAGAAACAAUACUUUAACAUCAGUAUAAGUGGAGGCGAAUUCUACACCCACACUGGAGGCAGCAGUGAUAUUCUGUGUUUACCUAAGAAUCCAAUCUGGGAAAAGUUCACUUCUGCAGCAGAAGGGUCCGCUUGCAUCCACGGCGUAGAAUAUGAACUCGGCUUGUACCAAACAUUGAGCAAAAAUGGAAUGUUCUCAUCCAAAAAUGCGCAAUCCCUUCACGACCACAACGUACCUUGUGCCGUUUGUCAAACGAAGGAUCCUGGCUCAGUAAUAAUGGUCCCAGCUAGAAACCGCUGCUAUCCUGGGUGGAUCCUGGAGUAUUCCGGGUAUCUUAUGACCAGUCAUUAUAACCACAAUGGUAGGACUACCUACAGUUGUGUUGACAAAGACCCUGAGGCUGAUCCUGCCGGUUACAGAGAUGAAAACGGUGCUCUCUUCUACCCAGUACAGGCGUCUUGUGGUUCCUUGAGUUGCCCACCUUACGUUCAAAAUAGAGAACUGACAUGCGCGGUCUGCAGUAAACCAGCCGGAGUUGCCAAUGUCUCAGUCAGUAGUUAG